ACCUUCAAGUUAUAACUCUCCCUCUUCCAUAUUCCUACAAUUUCUCUCUCUCUUUUUUCUGUGAUCGAUCUCUCUUUUCUUGUGGAUUUUCCAGUUUCUUCUUUGCUUUUAUUCUUUUGUUGCAUUAUUGCCUAGAUACCGUGUUUGUUUUCUUUUGGUUGUUUCCAAUGGCCUUGUUGGAAUCCCCUACGGCCUCUGCAUCACUUCCUGCUACAUCAGUUGAAUCAUCGGCUCCUCGGUGGAAGUAUGAGGUGUUUUUGAGUUUCAUGGGUAAAGACACCCGAUGGGGUUUUACCUCUUAUUUAUACAAUGAAUUGCAAAACAGAGAAAUCAAGACAUUCAUGGAUGUCGACCCAACUAGUUUGGAUAGAGGAGAGGGGAUUUCUCAAAGUACCCUAGAGGCCAUUCAAGAAUCAAGAUUUGCAAUCGUUGUUCUCUCGCAAAAUUAUGCUUCUUCCAGUUGGUGUUUGGAUGAACUCACACAGAUUAUGCACUGCAUGGAAAAUAAUAAGGAAACAAUUCUGCCAGUUUUCUAUCAUGUGGAUCCCUCUCAAGUGCGCUCUCAAAGAGGGGUGUAUGGAAAGGCCUUCGCUGCACAUGAAGUGGAGUUAACAGAUCAAAGAGAGAGGCUGAUGAAAUGGAGAGACGCCUUGAACAAAAUCAGCAGCAUCUUUGGCUGGGUAUGUGGGAGUUCUGAGUCAGAAGGACACCUUGUCCAACAAAUCGCGGAGUGUGUCUGCAGCAAAUCUAUUGAGUCGACGGAAGAUAUUGAAACAAAACAAGCAAUGGAUGCAACUUCUCCUCGUUGGAAGUAUGAUGUGUUUAUAAAUUUCAGGGGUGAGGACACUUGUAAGGGUUUUCUGUCCUAUUUACUAGCUGAAUUGCAAAAGAAACCAGCACACCUGAACAUGGUAAAGAAUGAUGAACCACUUCCAAAAGGGCGGAAUAUAUCUUCAUAUCUCCUAAACGCCAUAGAAGAGGUGAGGUUUGCCAUUGUUGUUCUUUCGCAAGACUUUGCUUAUUCAUCAUGGUGCCUAGAGGAACUCGCAAAGAUUUUUGAAUGCAUGGGAAACCAAAAUAGAAUUCUGCCAAUCUUUUAUCAUGUGGAUCCCUCUGAGGUGCGACAUCAAAGGGGGAGUUUUGGAGAUGCCUUCGCUGUACAUGAAGAAAGAUUUCGGGAUAAUCAUGAGAAGGUCAGGCAGUGGAGACAUGUUUUGUCAAUGGUGGCCAAUCUCUCUGGAUGGAAUUCAGAGGAUUAUGAGUGUGAAGGAGAACUUAUCAAAGCCGUUGGGGAAGCUAUGUGCAGUAGACUACUUCAGUCUACAGAGUCGACAGAAGAUUUUGAAGCAACAGGAGAUGUCAUGGACCAAACUUCUCCCCAGCCUGACCCAGCUCCUGUGUGGAAGAAUGAUGUGCUUUCGGGUUUCGGGAUGGAAGACACUCGCAGGGGUUUUGUAGCCCAUUCAGACCAUGAAUUGCCAAACACAGGACUAAGUAAAACAUUCAAGGAUGCAGACCACCUUGAAAAAGGGGUAGCCCUCCCCUCUGCAUCUCUUUCCUCAACUGAACCAAGUCCUCAACCAGCUCUUGGGCAGAAGAAUGAUGAGUUUUUGGGUUUCAGGGGAAACGACACUCAAAGGGGUUUUGUCACCUAUUCAAGUCAUGAAAUACAAAACCCCAGAGUGACUAAGACAUUCACCGAUGAAGAACAUCUUGAAAAAGGGAUAGCUGUCCCCUCUACGUCUCCGCCUUCAUCAGCUGAACGAUAUCCUCGGCCGAAGUAUGAUGUGUUUUUGAGUUUCAAGGGGGAAGACACUCGUAGGGGUUUUAUAGCCUAUUUAUACCGUGAAUUGCAAAACACCAGAGUGAUCAAAACUUUCAAGGAUGACGUGCAACUAGAAAAAGGGACUGUUAUUGCUUCAAAUCUCCUAACGGCAAUCAAAGAAUCAAGGUUUGCGAUCAUUGUGUUGUCGGAGAACUAUGCUUCUUCUGCAUGGUGUUUGGAUGAACUUACAAAGAUUUUCCAGUGCAUGGAGGGUAAGGACACAAUUCUCCCAAUUUUUUAUGAGGUGGAACCCACUGAUGUACGCCAUCAAAAGGAAGAGACAAGUUUUGGGAAAGCUUUCAUUAAGCACGAAGCUAGACAAGACAUUGAGAAGAUGAACCAGUGGAGAGCUGCUUUGAAAGGAGUGGCUGGAAUCUGUGGGUGGCAUUCAACCAACUACCCGACGGAUAUAGAGCUAAUUGAAGACAUUGUGAAACAUUUAUGGGGGAAAGUACUUCAAGCACCCACCGGAAAUUUUGAAACAUUUGAAGCGACAAGGCAAGCCAUGGAUGAGGUUAUGAAGGUAUUAAAAGAUGAUCAAGUCACUGUCCUUGGGGUGCAUGGAGUGGGUGGCGUUGGAAAGACGACGAUGGUCAAACAUGUUGGGGCACAAUCUAAGAAAGAUGGGCUUUUUGAUCAUGUGAUCAUGGUUGUCGUAUCCAAAAACCCUGACUUGGAAGAAAUUCAAGGCACAUUGGCAGAAUCGCUGGGCUUGAAGGAGGGGAUCAUGAGAGGAAAUAGGAUGCUUAUAAUCUUGGAUGACAUUUGGGAGAGUCUUGAACUCUCGAGCAUUGGAAUUCCCAGUCACCAUGAGCUUCAAAGGUGCAAUUCUAAAGUUGUACUCACCACAAGGAAAAGCAACGUCUGCCAUUCAAUGGGGUGCCAUGCCCUGAUCCCUCUCAAUGUACUGUCAGUGGUAGAUUCUCAUAAGUUAUUAAUGGAUACGUUGGGGAAGCCCUUUGAUGAAUCUACCGUUUCCGAUGGUGAAGAGUGGAAGGUAGCUCGAGAAUGUGGUGGUCUUCCAAAAGCAAUAAAAGCAGCUGCAAGGUCACUUGGAGAUAAAUACUUGGAUGAAUGGAAUGAAUACUUGGAUGAAUGGGCAUUUGAAGAUGACUGCUUGGACGAAUGGAAUGAAACAGCUCAACCCGUCAACUUCGAAGCUGGGGAAGAGCCAUUUCGUUCAUUGGCAAAUGAAGAUGCCAAGAAAUGCUUCUUGCUAUGCUGCCUAUUCCCAGAAAAUUAUGAUAUCCCAAUUGAAGAUUUGCUCAAGUAUGGGAUUGGAAAAGGUUUGUUUCAAUAUGAUACAAUACAAGAAGCCAGAGAUAGGGCACAAUCUCUGGUCAAGUACCUCAAAGCUUCCAGAUUGCUUUUGGACGGUACAAAGAAGGGAUGCAUAAGGAUGACUGAUGACAUUCGAAAUCUGGCAUUGACCAAAGAAUGUGAUGGGUUUUUAGUAAAAGCUGGUUGUGAACUAGAGGAGUGGCCAGAGGCAGAGACAGAGGCAGGAUGGCUGCAUGAAUUCACUUCCUGGCCCUCGAUUUGGACAAGAGAUGCCCAUGAAGGCUACUCAACAAUCUCACUAAUGAGAAACAAGCUUCACAAGCUUCCCGAAUAUUUGGUAUGUUCAAAACUCCAAAUUUUAUUACUACAAAGUAAUGCCGGAAUAUGUGACAUCCCAGAAACCUUUUUUCAAAAUCCUAAUGCGCUAAGGGUCUUUGAUCUUAGCUUCACUAGUGUUUCGUCACUACCUUCAUCAUUCAGUUUCCUAACCAACCUCCAAACUUUGAAUUUGGAUUUUUGCAAAAAUUUAAGUAACAUAUCUGUUCUAGGAAAACUUAAGAAACUUGAGAUUCUUAGUAUGAGAGAACUUCCUCUUAAGAAAUUUCCAAAACAAAUAGGAGAUUUGACCCAACUAAGGAUGUUGGACGUCACUGGUAGAGAUCUUGAAACUAUCCCAUCUAAAGUGAUAUCGAGGUUGUAUAGACUGCAAGAACUGCACAUGAAAUUUCAGUUUGGGACGUGGGGAAGUAAAGUUGAGGACGCAGUUCAUGAAGAAACCAAUGCUGACUUUGAUGAGUUGACUGGCUUGUUGGAUUUAAACAUUUUGGAAGUUUACAUAUCUGAUGCAGCAUGCUUGCCUACAAGUGUUGAGUACAAGCCGAAUUGGGUAGAAUUUGAUAUAUGCAUCGGCGGCCACGUCCCUCACGUGUUGCCCCCUCAACAUGAUGUUUUUUCAAGAACCUUGACUCUUAACACAAAGAUCAAUAGGUUACCGGAUUGGUUUAUCAGCGUUGUGACAGAGAGAGUGGAGAAGCUAGAGUACACAGAUUGCGAAGACUUGAAUGACAUCGUUGGGGAAUAUGACCAUGGCAGAUUACUUGCACUGAAAUAUCUCUCUGUGAACGGGAACCGUAAGAACUUGAAAGAGAUAAUCAACACAAUGACACGGGUUUCAAAUAAACCAAUAUUUGAGAACUUGGAAGAGUUGCAUCUGUGCUGCUUAUAUUCCCUCAAGGAGUUAUGUGUUGGUGAGCUACCACCUGGGUCUCUACGCAAGCUCAAGUUCUUGAAAGUGCAAACUUGUCUUAGCUUGGUGAAUGCACUAUUACCAUCAACAUUGUUGCAGAGACUACAAAAUCUGGAAGAAAUCAUUUGUAUAAAUCUGAAAGGAAUGAAAUUUGUAUUUGGCUCUGAUGAAGGGCUUGAUCCAGAAAAGAUUUCGAGGAAAUUGAGGGAGAUGAGAUUUUCUGUUCUACCCGAACUAGUAAGCAUAUGUAAUGGUCCUGUUCCGUCUGCAAUCUUCCGUAAUCUUAAAGUUUUGGCAAUUUGCGAGUGCAAGGAGUUGAAAAAUCUCUUCACAAUAGAUGUGGCUGAAUGUCUUUUUCAGUUGGAAGACCUUUCCAUAGAGCAGUGUCCUAGCUUGGACAGAGUCAUUGAAGCAAGCAAUAGCUUGAACAGCAAGAUUAAACUUCCAGCGUUGAAGAAGUUAGCUUUGAUAGAUCUUCCGGCGCUCACAAGGUUCUGCACUGAAAGUGGUACUAUUGAAACUGAGUGCCCUUCAUUGGAAUACUUGUACGUGGAGAAGUGCCUCCAGUUUUUGUAUUUUGCUUACCACUUCGACAACAAGAACCAAGUCCACUUCAAUGAUGAACAACAUUUGAGUUCUUUAGUGAAAAGGUGGGAGGAAGUGCAUAAUCGGCUAUAAGAGAGCUGCUGCUGCACUAGGAAAAAAAGAAAAAGAAAGAGAUGUUCAAUGGUCCGGUCCCAGAACAAGAUUCCUCAGUUAGCUUUUGAGUGUGCAGUAUAAACUGUAUGAAUGCUAUUAUUAUCUCUCUCUUGCAUUGGCCUGCAAUCUUGAUGUUGGAGAUUGCAUGCAUAAAUUUUUAAUUACUAAAGAGGUUAUUCAAAAA